CAGUUUCAAAGCUUAAAAGCAUCUGCGCGCACUCGUUAGCCAAUCUACUGUGUUUGUGUGAACGAUCAGGGAUAUACUUCUUCAUUCUUAGAGGAAUGUUGCACGAGUUGCUUUUAGCGCUCUUAGGAUACACGGGGGAUCUCAUCGUUGACCAAAGAGAGCGGCAGCGAUCUCUCGGUGGACAGUUGCCUUCCGACGGCCCAAUAUCAGAGGAAUGCACCUUUAAGCUUGCUCCUGAUAUCUCCUUCUUAGAACCCUCCGAAAGAGAUGCCAUAGAGAAGCUUAUUUCCUUAGGCUUCUAUUAUAAAGAGCUUGAUCGCUUUGCAACGAAGUGUCGGGACUUAAGUUGGAUACGUUCCACAAAUGAUGUUCCCAUUUUACAGGCUUCUGAUUUGCUGAAAGAGAAAACAAAACAGCCAAGCAUGUACCGCAGGGCGAUUGCAAAUGGCAUUGUUGAAAUAUUAUCGGUUUACAGAUCUGCUGUUUUACAUGUCGAGCAGAAAUUACUGUCAGAUCCUACACCAAUUUUGGCAACAGUGACUCAAGGACUCAACAAGUUUUUUAUCCUUUUGCUUCCACUUUAUGAACUCAUUGUGGAGAUCGAGCGUGACGAUAUUCGGGGAGGGCAGCUUCUCAACCUUAUGCACAAACGAUGUCACUGUGGAGUGCCUGAAUUGCAAGCUUGCAUUCAAAGGCUCUUUUGGCACGGACAUCAGGUCAUGUAUCAGCAACUCUCAUCAUGGAUGGUAUAUGGAAUCCUUCAAGACCAGCAUGGCGAGUUCUUCAUUAGAAGGCUGGAAGAUAGGGAUGUAGAGAGUGAAUCAUCUAAUCCAGAUAUGUUCCAAAAGUUGGGAACAAAACUACCUGACGAUGCAUCUAUAAGAGAUUGGCACUUGGGUUUUCAUAUAUUCCUGGACAUGUUGCCUGAGUACAUCCAGAUGCCUGUCGCAGAAUCAAUCCUUUUUGCUGGAAAAGCAAUAAGGGUCUUACGAAAUCCAAGUCCUGCCUUCAGAUGUCAGGAUGCUGUUUCUCAUCAACAGCUACCAAGAGGAUCACAUAGACUUCAAGGGUUUAUUGGACGCUUUGCUUUCCAGAGAGAGGCUUCUGGGGAUGCAAAGUUGAUUGGAGAGGAAUUACUUCCACAGUCUGAGGCUGAUAAGAUUGAUCUUAUGCUUCAAGAGCUAAAGGAAUCGUCUGAGUUCCACAAGAGGUCAUUUGAAAAUGCUGUUGACUCUGUUCGUGCUAUUGCAGCCAGCCAUCUUUGGCAGCUUGUGGUUGUGCGUGCUGACUUGAAUGGUCAUUUGAAAGCCCUUAAAGAUUAUUUUCUUUUAGCAAAAGGAGAUUUCUUCCAGUGUUUUCUUGAGGAAAGUCGCCAAUUGAUGCGUCUACCACCUCGCCAGUCAACUGCCGAAGCUGAUCUUAUGGUCCCAUUUCAGCUGGCUGCAAUAAAGACUAUAGGUGAUGAAGACAAAUACUUCUCAAGAGUGUCCUUAAGAAUGCCUUCAUUUGGAAUCACUGUUACUCGAUCCGAAGUUGAUUUACCAAAGAUGAAAGCUGGUGCUGAUGGAAGCGUGGGUGUUGUUUCUCAAGGAAAUGCUUCUUCAGAGUUGUCCCUUGAUGGAUGGGAUGGAAUUGCUCUUGAAUAUUCCGUUGAUUGGCCUUUACAGUUAUUCUUUACACAAGAGGUGCUCUCUAAGUAUCGCAGGGUUUUUCAGUAUUUGCUCCGGCUAAAACGAACACAAAUGGAAUUGGAAAAAUCAUGGGCUUCUGUGAUGCAUCAGGAUCAUACAGAUUUUGCCAAACAUCGGAAUAAUCGGAUUAACUACUCGGCAUCUCAGCAGCGACGGCAACGCUGUAGACCAAUGUGGCGAGUUAGAGAGCAUAUGGCCUUCUUGAUUAGAAACCUGCAGUUUUAUAUCCAGGUUGAUGUUAUAGAGUCUCAAUGGAAUGUUUUGCAAGCGCAUAUCCACGAUUCUCAUGAUUUCACCGAACUAGUGGGCUUCCAUCAAGAAUACUUGUCAGCGUUGAUUUCACAAUCUUUCUUGGACAUUGGUUCUGUCUCAAGAAUACUGGACAGUAUAAUGAAACUUUGCCUGCAGUUCUGCUGGAAUCUUGAAAAUACUGAAAGCAGUUCAACUGCACUUGAACUGGAACAUAUAACUGAGGAGUUCAACAAGAAAUCCAAUUCCUUGUACACCAUACUUCGCAGUAGUAGACUUGCUGGGAGUCAGCGGGCCCCAUUUCUGAGACGUUUUCUCUUGCGCCUGAACUUCAAUUCCUUCUUUGAGACUACUGCGAGAGGAGUUCUGAAUGUUGUUAGAUCCCGUCCAACACUUCCCCUCAUUCAUCAGUAAUAUGAGUACUUGCAUUUUUAAGAGCUGGGAUGAUGCAUCACUAGGUUGGCUGUUGGUGGCAAUUCAUGGCUGUUUAUUUGUUGCAAGUGUGUCAGAGGAUGAUCAAAAUUCUUCCAUUUCUUCCACAAUGGGGAUGAUUAGUACCCUGGCGGUGCUUUGGGUUCUGACAUGGAGCGUGUGUCUAAGAUUUUUUUUAUAUUUAUUUUUUACAAGGGUGAUAUGGAUGUUAGAGUAAUGGUGUUCAGUUUUAGCCAUGUCAGUUGUACAGCGAGUUUGUAAUGCAAUUUGGCUUACUAAAAGACUUGCCAAUGAAAAUUGAAAAGUGGCAGGGAAAAAAAUACAAAAAAAGAGAUAUUUGGGUGGAUGUCUGUAAAUCGAGCUGCUAGGUCUGUCUUAUUGGGAACUAGUCAAGCUUGAGAU